GAAGCGUACGAUAAUGUGACCCUGGACAUGGAGCUGUCGAAGCGGGAAGGCUGGUACUUUGGCGGGAAGCUGGUGCGGGGGGCGUACAUGCUGCAGGAGAGGAAGCGGUCCAGGGAGAUCGGAUAUGAGGAUCCCAUUAAUGACGGCUACAAUGCUACUACAGACAUGUUCCACAAAUGCCUGAACUAUAUCCUAGAGGAAAUCAAAUCAACCAGGAAGCCCAGUGUGAUGGUGGCUUCACACAAUGAAGAAUCUGUGACCUUUACUCUGAGGAGGAUGCAGGAAUUGAAUUUGGAGCCGAGUGAACGGAAAGUUUACUUUGGGCAGCUGCUGGGCAUGUGCGAUCAGCUCAGCUUCCCCCUGGGCCAGGCUGGGUAUCCAGUGUACAAGUACAUGCCAUAUGGCCCCGUGGAUGAUGUGCUGCCCUACCUGUCCAGACGAGCGCAGGAGAACAAAAGUGUAAUGGGAGGAUCGCGGCUGGAGCAGACGCUGCUGUGGAAGGAGAUGAAACGCAGGAUCCUGAACAGAGAAGUGUUUUACCAGCCAGUGUACUAGAGUACAGUGUACUGGAGCCCCACUGACGCAGGCCGGAGCUGUGUGACAGGGUGCUUUCUGCUGUGAUUCCGCAGGUAUUGAAAGGCUUCGGGCAUCUAUCCCUUCUCCUGAUUGUGAGACGUUUGGUUACAACUAACCCUACCACUGGGGUCCUGGUUCUCCCAUUCCUCAUUCCUUGCUGUCCAAGUCACCAGCAAUAUCUUGGACAGCAAUUCCCAGUGAAAAGCUUUGAGAUGUUGUCACGGACUGUGUCAAAUGCAAGAAUUAUUAUGGGAGUAAUAACCGUCUCCCAGGAUUCAGACAUAUUGAGACUGUUCUACCUUGUGGUUUGCACCGUUCCCUCUUGGAAUCCCCUGUCCACUCUCUGAUCUGGACUUGCCCGAAGCCUUUGUACAGACGUGUGAAGAUAUUUUAAUGCAAUGUUGUAACAACAGUAUCAUAUUACGGUUAUGUCUCAGGAAAUUUUGGCCAUUAUGGCAGUGUAUGUGGCAUAUGUGCACCUGAUUGUACGUUUAUAUGCUCCUAGUUUAACUUAAAGUGGUAAGCGCUGA